AUGCCGAGUGAUUCAGUGAAGCACGGGGCACCUCCACCACUCAAGGACAAGAAUGCAUCAAUCAUCGUCAUUGGUGCUGGCGUAUUUGGGCUCAGUACGGCAGUACAUCUCGCUCAACGAGGCUUCAAGAACAUCACCAUCUUCGACAAACAGCCAUAUCAUGAGAGCCGCUACUCGUAUUUUAAAGGAUGCGACGCCGCCUCGGCCGACAUAAACAAGAUCUUCCGCUCCGCGUACGGAGCUCAGGCCGAGUACCAGGCUCUGUCGCUGGAAGCGUUUGAUGCAUGGCAAAAAUGGAAUGCCGAGCUUGCUUCUGAUGGCGACGCCGUACCGGCGGGGAUGACCAAAGACGACAAAGUCUUCAUCAACAAUGGCAACCUUAGUUUGACGGACAAACCGGUGGUUCCAGACUUUGAGUUAGCCACGGUACGGAGCAUGCAAGAGGCAGGACACCCAGACUCUCAACUCAUCACUUCCGACGCGAGACAUGUCCAGAUCGCCCACGACAGAGGUUUUGGAUUCGCCAUCGAUCCUUUCAACCGACAAUCACGAGGACAAAGCCACCUCGGCGUUCUCGACACGACGGGCGGUACCAUCCUUGCGGACAAAGCAUGCUCAUUUGCUCUUCACAAGGCGGAGAGGUUGGGUGUACGCACGAUUUUCGGCGCGCGCUCCGGCCUAUUCGAAUCCUUCCUCCGAUCCAAGGCGGGAAAAGUCAUGGGCAUACGCACACUAGACGGCAAACACCAUCAUGCAGCCCGCGUCAUCUUAGCAUGUGGCGGAUGGACACCCUCGCUGCUUCCCUCGUUAGACUCGGUGUGCGAAACGACCGCCGGGUCUGUGGUGAUGAUGAAACUGCCUCCGGCUCUGACUCAGAGAUACGCCGCCGACAGGUUUCCGUCGUGGCAGUACAAGAUGCGCGAUGGAGCCGACGGCGGGCUGUACGGCUUCCCCGCCACGGCCGACGGAUUCAUGAAGAUCGGCUACCGGGGCACGAAGUACACGAACCCGCGUGUGCAGGUCGACGGUUUAGAGCGCAGCGUUCCCAUCACGCGUUACACCUGCCCCGAAGCCGUUACGGACCAAAUUCCUGCGCAGGCAAUGAGGGUGCUAAAACGCUUCAUCGACGAUUUCCUACCUGACUUGCCUGCCAGUGAGGUUGAUAUCGCCAUGACGAGACUCUGCUGGUACACGGACUCGUGGGACAAUCAUUUCGUCGUCGACUAUGUUCCCGGCUAUGAGAACGUGAUGGUCGCCACCGGGGGUAGUGGGCAUGCGUUCAAGUUCCUCCCCAAUAUUGGUGAGUGGAUCGCGGACAUCGUCGAGGGAAAGGGCCUAGAGAGGCAGCUCGUUCAGAGUUGGCGGUGGCGUACGAGACCCGAAAGGGGAGAACAGGUGAUUAAUGAGCUGAUGGAGGGGAGCGGAGGGCACAGAGCGCUGCAGAGGACGAAGAUGUCGAGUCCUCGAGAGCUCAAGCUGGUACAGGGAGCAAAUUUGUAG